AAAAAAAAAAAGUUCACCGGGAAAUGCCAUAUUUCCGACAGCCCGUGAAGGCAGCACGGGGCCUGACAGACACUACUUCCUGUAAGAGAGGCUCAGUCAGCUGUCACAACCCGAGAGGCGAGAAGAGGAUCACAGCGGAGAGAAACACACCACCGGAGCUAAAAUGUCUAGUUUUUCCAACAAGUUCAGCGCUUACACGAUGACUCAACUCAACGAAAUUCUAGAGGACGACGAAAAACUCACAAAUAUGGUCCAGGAGAUGGAUGAGAUGGAGGAAGUCCAGCAGAGCAAGGAGAAGACACUGGUCAAUAACCGAACCCUGGCAGAGCAGAACCUGGCCCUGCAGCCCAGCCUGGAGCACAAGAAAGAGGAGCUCACCAAGCGCUACAGCUCUCUGCAGGAGGGCUUUGAGUCCUACCAGCUUCGCAAGUCCACCCUAGACCACAAGUCAGGAAACACCUCCCUGGACAUUCUGCUGGCCCUCCUGCAGGCAGAGGGAGCUAAAAUAGAAGAGGAGACAGAGAACAUGGCUGAUUCAUUCCUGGACGGCGACAUGACCCUGGACUCCUUCAUCGAUGCGUACCAGAGCAACAGGAAGCUGGCCCACCUGAGACGGGUGAAGAUCGAGAAGCUGCAGGAGAUGGUGCUGAACGGCCAGCGGCUGCCUCAGGCCUCCGUCCCCAACUCCAGAUCUCAGGAUGUGUCGGCAGCAGCCAGACCCUCGUCCUCCUCCAUCCUCAGCGAGGCCGGCAACAGCUCCUCCCCUCUGGCCCAGCCCAGGAGGAAACCGCCCCUCCCUCCGUCCCAGCCGGCCCCCAAUCUAACUCCAGGUCCAACAAGCUCCGCCCCUCAGGCUCCCGUCUUCUACGCGGCAUCACCGUACCCGCCGAUUCCUCCGAGAACCGGCCAACCCUACCCCAACGUCUCCUCCGGCUACCCCAGCCACUUCCUGUCUCAGUACCCCCCCGCUCUGCCUCAGAGGCCUGCGCCCCGCAUGGCCCCGCAGCCCGGCUUCAUCAUGCAGUAAAUAAAGGCGGUCGCCACUCAAGAGUACACAGUGUGUCUCGUGGACUUUUCACUACUGGAACUCCUCUGAGAACUCUUUUUCUAUGACGUCUACCUUCUCGGAAUACGACCAAUCACAACGCCAGAAGGCAGACCUGCACUGGCUGGUCUGGUCAUGUUCAGCCCAAGCAGAUCAAUAAUCUCUGUGGAUUCGUGCUCACUUCUUACUCCAGUUAACACUCCAAACGAAAAAAAAAAGACGAGAUCGGCCUCGACUCUCACUGACUUGAGUCCCUUGGUGAAAGGGCCCCAUGCAAGUCAAACAAGUGUCCAUCUAACGGGUCACUGGGACUUCUCAUCUAUCAGCACCUUCUGUCUCCUGGCAGCGCCCUCAGCUCUGCAUGCCCAUUGGUUCUUCGUCUCUCACCUCCCUUCAAACAUGUUCCUCAAACUCUCACGGAACACUAAAGUCAUUCAAAAAGGGGUUUGAUUGGUCAUUUUCCAUCUGCAGCAUACUAAUUACUGGUAACCUAUAUGCAAGCAAAGAGAGACCCUAAUUACUGUGCAGUAAUCCCAGAAUAUAUCAGGCGAAACUGCAUCUAUGCUGUGAUUUUUUUUUUGGUUUUCUAUAAAAUUUCACAAGGUACAUAGGAAUAUUUGAGUGUCAGCAUCUUUUUAUGAUAUAGUACUAAUGGAGUUAUGUUAAUGAUAGCCAGGAUAGACUGAUUAACACGUGUAAAGGAGGGCUUUGGUUGGCGACGUAUCUCUUCUUCAAAAUGUGCUUGUGUCUCGAGAGAGAGAGAGAGUCCAGACCUGCCUGGUUCAAGAUGGCCGACUUGGUCCUUCUCAGGGCAGAAGUCAAAAGGGAGUUGAAGGAGCGGAUUAGAGGCUGAACUAUUGUAACAAAAUGACUAGGGCCUGUUGAGCCUUGCCUGAAAAUGAAGGAUUUUUGUAUAGCCAUACAGUACACUUCUGGAGUGUGUUGUUUUCUGUGGGUUCCUGUUGUAACGCAACACUCCUUUUCUAAUGUCUAAUGUCUUAAACAUCCUCAGUCGGGGUUGGAGAUUAUGCCAACAGUUCUUUGGAUCUCAUACAUAUGCUCCUGUUCAGUUUCCUGUCACACUGAGCACCAAAGACUUCCCACAUCACGUUGUGAUCAUCAACUUUUUUUUUUUUUUUUAUGUAAGUGAAACAUUUAGUGAAAUAAUGUACCAUUUGUUCCCAACAUAUCUGUUUGUUUGUGAUGUUGAGCUCAAAAACACUCUUUUGUAAACAUGCAAGCAAGAUUUCUUGAAAGAGAAACUUGCGAGGUCAACCUGGCUUUGGGAGGAGAUGUUUUCUGGUGCGAUAGAAAUUUUUUUUUUUUUUUUCUUUUUCUUUCCUCCCAACUGCUGGCGCUGUGCACUGUUGAAGAGCCACGAGUGCCUACACUUGAAGUGACGUCGAUGGCGUCCUGCUGACUACUCCAUGUUUCUUUAUGCUCAGCUGUUGAGGUAACAAUCGCUCCCCGCCCAGUCCAUCAAAGAACAAACCGACCGAGCAUACGGUCUCCUCCUGCAACUGAUUUCAUGUUCCACCAGACGUAGAAAAAGGGCAGGUCUGACUGUUGACUGUCGGGCCUGUUUUCUCACGAGAAGCAGAAGGCCAGAACAGAGUGCCACUGAACAUGUGCCAGAGACGAGAGACGCCCUCAGGCUGGUUGCCUAGCGGUGCUUGUGCUUCUCUUGUAUUCUUCCUCCAUUGUAUUGAGGUAUACCUGGGGUGAAUUCAGAGAUUUUUUGCAUGUCGUUGUUGCUGUUUUAUUUUUAAUCGGUGAAAUAACAGGGCUCCAAAUGUUUUGUGUAAUAUCUCGGUGAUAAUGCUUCACCACAAGGCAAAGAAGUGAACCACACAAUGGACAAAAGCAUAUUUGUCAUCAGGCAAAACUACAGAAAUAGCUGAAGCUAAAACGUCAACAUCACGAUGAACCAGCGUUUCUAACAACUAACAGAUACAUUUUUUUUGUGCAUGGCCUUUGCUGUCUGUGUCCAGUCUGAAGAUUCCUCUUUAAUACUUUUUUUUGUUUAGCUGUUGAGCUGCUUUUUAUGUUCGAACUGAUCCUCUAUCCAUGGUUUUAUAUGUGGUUGGUGAUAUUUUCAGUGUAAUGUUGUAGGUAUUUACUUAUAAUGAAUGUGUAAGUGGAAUUUAAUGCUAUUUUCAAGUUCAAUAAAUCUCAAAUUUUUGUA